ACGAUGGUCAUUAGCGCAGGUGAUUCCACCUUCCUUUCCUCUUUUUUUUUUUCUAUCGACGAUUCUCUUUCUCUCCCAUUAGGCUCGAACCCUUUGUGUUCUGUACCAAUCUCUUAUCCUCUCUUAUUCAAAGAACCUCUUCUUCAAUGGACUUUCUCUGAAAACUCAAAGCAAACAGAGCUUCAAAAAUAAUGGCGAUGUCUCAUCUCUUCCUUUCUUCGCCUCGACCUUCACUGGCUCUGCGACUUCACUCGACCCAGUUCACGUUGAGCUACAAUAAAGAUUGUACCUUUAAGUGUGCAAAUGAAGCUAAAGUAUCAAAGAGAUCAUUUCUGUGUCGUGCAAUUCAUAUGGAAUCUGGACAUUCAGGGGAACAACCAAAGAGGCUUCAUUUCGAUAAUCUGUUGAGGAAAACUAAACAUGUUUGGGAUAAUUCUCCUCAGCCGGUUAAGGAAUUCCCUUGGAAUAGAGCUUUUUUAAACUUUAUACAACUUGUUCUUGAUCUCGCUAUAUCAGUCGUUAAGUUCUUGUUCGUUCCUAUAUUGGCGGUUUCUUCCAUUAGUGAGAUGUCUUAUUGUGCUCAUGAGAGGAAACUUGCUUUAGUCCCGUUUCCGUUAGUCAUCGGUAUGGUUGUUGCUGGCAUUCUACAAGAAACCGCUUUGAAGAUCUCUCCUCGUCUUAAGGAAGCGGAAGUACCGUGGCAUUUGAUAGCUAUGAUGAUGUUCUUCACUCUGAUUAAGCUUCCUGGACCGUACUAUCCAUAUUGGGGACGUUUAUUUGUUCCACAUUUUGCAAAUGGAGUAUUGUUUAGAGCACUUUGGUCCAUGUUCUUUUGGUAUAAGAAGACUAGAAACACAUCAGGAAAUACUCUGCAGAAUCACAGUUUGGAAACAGAAUGAGCAUCUUCAUCUAAAGGUACACUAAAUUUGGUUAGAUAGUUAUGUCAAAUGAGCACACAAACAUAUGGACAAUGUUGUUUAGAUAUGACUUUAGUUGCUCGAUUUAUGUAUCUCAUCAGUUGUUUCUUUUGUAGGCUGGUGUUUUUUAGGUGCCAAGUGGUCACUUUGAUUAGUUUCGGGGAUUAUCUGGAACCUCGCGGAUUAGUGUUCGAGCA